GUUAGUUCAUACCUAGAUCUAUACAAAUCUGGAAAUAGAAUACGUCAUAAAACAAACUGAAGAUCUAUCAAAAAUGGCAUUAUCUCAAUUAGUAAGAAAAUGUCAAGUACCAGUAAAAUGUAAGUUGUGUGAAAAUGAGAAUAUUAAAUGGAAAUGUGAAGACUGUGGUUUAUUAUUGUGUACUAACUGUUAGGGAUACAAAACAUUCAAAAAUUAAAAAUGCACAAAAUCAUAAAAUAGUUGACAUUAAGCAAGUAGGUGUGCAUUCUGAAGAAUUGGAUUUUACGAACAUUAAGUGCAAAGAUCACUCUGGACAAGCGUACUGUCUCUUUUGCACUAAAUGUGACAGUCUAGUUUGUCCAUUAUGCAUUGCUAAAAUACACGAAAGGCAUGAUUUAGUCGAAAUCAGUGAGGAAUUUAAAACAAAAAUAGAGAGACUAAAGAAAGGACAAAGUAGAAUUCAGACCAACAGAACUAAACUUGCAACACAGAAAGUACUUUUGGAACAAUGUAAGUCUCGUGAAAAUGACAAGUACACAAAAGUUAUACAAACUAUUCAAAAUCAUGGUGAAGCUUUAAAACAAGCAGUUGACAAAAACAUAGAAGAGCUAAACAUUGAAGUAAGUGAAAAUCAUAACGUAAUACUACAUUCAAUUGACACUGAUCUUGGUGAAAUAUUAAGAUCCAUGAAAGCCAAUGAUGACAAAGACAAUGAAACAAAAGAACUCAUUAAGGCAACAGAUAUUGCCAAGUUUUUUCGUGAAGUCAGCCAAAAAGAGAAAUCGAUAGAUAUACCAGUACCAAAAACCCAGUCAUCAUACAAUUUGAUUCCAAAAUUUGUUCCAGGGGAGAUCACUCAGUCUAAUGUUGGAGUGCUUCAAAGUGAUGAUAAUCCGAUAGAACUAACUGUUGCUCUCAAUAUUAUUUCAGUAUAUCAGACCGAACUUUCAAUUGUUUCAGAUAUAAUUCCGUGUCGUGAUAAGUCGUUCUGGAUAAAUUGUAAGAAAGAUAACAAGUUAAUGAAAGUAAAACCAGAAGGAAACAAUCUGAAGACCAUUUGUAGCUUCAACAUAAAAGUAUAUAGUAUGGCAUUGCUUCCUUCAAAUGAUAUUAUCCUGUCCACAAAGGGAUCCAGACUACAACAACUUAGUGUUACCACUGGUAAACUGACAGACAGUGUAUAUGAUCUGGAUCCUUUGGGUCCUACUGACAUCUACAUUACCUGUGGUAAUAAAGUUGUUGUAGGAGUUUACAGUAACUCAUUAGGAAGGAGAGCAGUGUUUGUAAUGAAUGAGAAGGGAGACCAUGAGACUGUGUAUGAACAUGAUGAAAAUAAUAAACCUAUAUUCAAUUAUAUAUCAAGUAUCACCAGUACCAGUAAUGGUAAUUUACAUGUGGCUGAUUAUAAACCAGGUAGUGACAGAGGUAGAGUGGUGGUGUUAGGACAGGAAGGGGGUAUAGUCAAUACAUAUACAGGACAUGCAGAUAUCAACAAGUAUAAACCAUUCAAACCAGUCAGGAUAGUGACAACACCAAGAGACAAUGUUAUUGUAGUAGAUUUGAACACUGAGGUGUUUCACAUUUUAAACAACAGAGGAGAACUAUUGGCUCAUUUUAAUACUAAGGGUAAUACAAGAAUCCAUCCAUACUGCCUAGCCUUUACAUCAAAAGGACAACUUUAUAUAGGGUGCGGUAAACCUAGCACUAGUACAGCGAAGGAAGCAAAUAUAUAUCAUGUGACACUAUCAGGAUGUUAA